ACAUUUCGUGCAGACUAUAUAGACUGGUGCCUCCCAUUGUUUGAUGAUGGAUCAUCUGAUCAUAAUGAUUACUCCUGUUCAUUUUUUGCUACUGCCGAGGACAUGUUCUUUGUCAAUUUUACAGCUAGUUCGGGAAAAUGGGAAGAUUAUGACUGCUGUCUUUUUGAAGCGGGGUUGGCUGCAGUUCCACCAGAUUGGAUGAAAGCAGAGCAAUACAAUGGAACAGACGUCAUAAAUGAUAUUCCUGUUGAUGUAUGGUGGUUCCCAGGUACUAGUGAUCCUUCAAAACCAUGCUAUGGCUACUGGAAUGCAAAGGAUGAGCUCAAGACUCCUGUUAGGUUCUUUGGACUUUCGUCUCUGGGACCAACAAUACUUGACUAUCGUGAUUUUGAGCCUCAGAAGAUACCACAAAAUAUUGAAAUGACCAAACCAAAUGAUAACUGUCACAAGAAAUGUGAGCCACCACUUGCUGAUGUAUUAAAGAAGUCUUCUGUUGAUAGUGUAAAAUGGUCUAAAAUAGAUUGGCCAUCUUGCUAAAAAAAACAUUUUGAAUAAUUAUUGUGGUAUUAUAUUAUUUUUUUUGCUUAGCCGCGUAAUUUUUUGCUGUGCUUAAUAAAAAACGAAUUAGUUUAUUAUUA